UUCUGCCUCUGUUGUUUAGGUCCUCCCCGAUGUAGGAGGUUUGUUAUUGCAAAUGUAAAGACUCGCAGUAUAUUUUGGCUUUAAGUCAGUAUUUGUGUCUUUGUUCUGCGGCAGGUACCAGAAAUGCGAAGUUAUUCUCCUUGUCAGGAUACAGAAAUGGAGUAUCAUCCUACAGUUGACUUCAUAGAAUCCAUACUGGAGAGAAAACGGCACGACAGUGAAAGAUCCACUUGUAGUACCUUAGAACAGAAUGACAUUGAAGCUGUGGAGACCCUUCUCUGUAUGAGUGCAUGGGGACAGAGGACACUUAAAGGAGAUGUGUUAAAAAUAAGACCAUUAACACCAGCAUCGGAUUCUUGUGAUUCUUUGGUCCAUAGUGAGGCUGCAUCAGAAUCAAGGGAUUACCAUUCUCUUUCCUUAUUGUGCAUGACGCCACCACACAGCCCUAAUUUUGUUGAACCAACUGCAGCCAUGGUUCCAACUGGACAGAUUGCAUGUACCAGACCUGCAGCAAUUGUGGCAGAUUCAUCUGUCUCUUCUGCUACUUCAGUUAAGAGCUUGUCAUCUGUUGUGAAGUCAAGUACUUUAACUAUGCAGUCACCAUGUGGUCCAAAGCCAACCCUACCUGUACCUCCACACUGUAGAUCCAUGGCAACCAGUGUGAUACGUCAUACAGCUGACAGUUCUGUCUGCCUUCACAUUCCGAGUUGUACAGGUUCCAAAACUGAAACCAGCUCCCAGAAAGAGAAACAGUGCAACAGUGUAUUUGAAAGAUUGACCGCUGAUGUCACAAGCCACAAAGUGGACAACAAACCUAAUACAUUGGACAGCAUGAGUUCAGGUAACUGUGAAAAUGAGCAGACAGAAAUUGCUACAGUUCAGAAGUGUAAUGUCAGUGAAACUCUAAAUAAAACUCGCUGUUCGUUGUCAGUUUCAACUCCUCCUAUCAGUAGUCCAUUGCUUGCUGGUCCAGUUUCCAGUCCUCCUGUUAUUUGCCAGAUGAUACCACUAAGUGGGCAGGGUAACAUGAUUUCUGCUGUCCUAAAAGCUUCUGUUCAGACUCCUGUACCAGUUAAACCUGUAUUGCCUCCAGCAGCCCCUGUGUUCAUGGGACCUUCUGUGCCCCAGGGUACGGUGAUGUUAGUCUUGCCACGACCAACUGUUUCAGCUUCCCAGCAAAACCAGCAUGGCGUUAUGACCGUUGGAAAUACGAAGCUGUUGCCUCUUGCUCCAGCACCUGUGUUAGUUGCUUCUGGACACAACUGUGCACCACAGAUGGACUUUUCUAGGAGAAGAAAUUAUGUUUGCAACUUCACAGGAUGUAGAAAAACAUAUUUCAAAAGUUCUCACCUUAAAGCACAUCUUCGUACACACACAGGAGAAAAGCCAUUUAGCUGCAGCUGGGAUGGUUGUGACAAAAAAUUUGCACGUUCUGAUGAACUUUCACGGCAUCGCAGAACUCACACUGGAGAGAAGAAGUUUGCCUGCACAGUUUGUGAUCGCCGCUUUAUGCGCAGUGACCACUUAACAAAGCAUACACGACGCCACAUGAGUGCAAAAAAAGUUCCCAGCUGGCAAACAGAAGUAAACAAACUGAACCGAAUAGUGUCUUCUGCCCAGCCAAGAAGCCUGAAUACUUCCCUGAGUGUUCUUCUUCCAGCACUGCCAUCACUGUAACGAAAACAUCGGAAAGGAUGUUCAGGAAAUAAGACAUUUGUUUGGAGUUUGCGCAGAGUAAAAUAUUUUGCACUAACAUACCACUGAACACUUGGACUAAGAGUUUUGGGCAUGGACUUGACUACAGGAUCAAAAAGAGUGUGAGUCAUUAUUUCAGGGAGCUACAACUGGACAUGACUUAAACUUUAAGAUUUUUUGAACUUCGUAGCCCAAGAGGUUUGGUCUGUUUACCAUGUGUUAUAUACUUUGUGAAAAGUAUCCUAUUGUAAGGACUAAAAAUAAUUGUAUGCUAUUGCACUGUCUGUCUGCACAUUCAUGUAUCAUAUUUUAUAAUAUACCCAAUUCUUUUUGUAUACUUUUGAAUAAGUAUAAAUGUGUCAUUUAACUGAAUAUAUGUGUCCGUUUUCUAAGGGUAUUUGUAGUGUUUUGUUAUUUCCUUAUCUUGUAAAUACUGAAUAUGUACUUGUACAUAAUGUUUUCAAGAAUCGUUGGAAUUCUUUAUAAAAGUUUGAAUGUAUUAUGUUUUCAGUUGGUAAAUUGUAUCAGUUUUGCACCUACAGAAUAAAUAUGCUUUAUUCACCUCUU